AAAGAGUAAAAAUUUUUAUCAAAACUCAAUAAAUAUAUCUUUAUUUUAUAAUUAUUAUGAAAUCUCUUUCAAGUUUCCCUUUUUUCGUCUUAUUCAUUGCUAUCUUUAGCAUAAUAGCUUUUAUGUCACCCGUCGAAGCCGACCAUACUGUAUGGAUCCAUAACAAAUUGGAUAAAGGUACACAGGCUAUAGCUGCCGUUACCUAUACAAAUGAAAAAGAAACUUGGCAUUGGAGUCCCGAUAAUAACGAUGCAAUCUUUGAAAGUUACUCAUUCGCUCACGAAGGUUUCUAUUUAACUGUACCUUCCAAAGUAAGUACGUAUUGGCUUGUUUUUGGUGUUGGUGCUUCGGCAUUUGAAGAAGAUAAAUGGCGGGGUCCAUUCGAAAAUACUCAAGAUCUCUGUUUCCACUAUCAUGGCAACCUUUUUAAAUGGGAACUAUGGCAAUGUUAA